UACAAACACCUAGUUUAUUUAUAUAGAAAAAGUCAUUAAAUAUAUUCAAAACAAAUGAUUGAACUAAGUACUACGGAUAACGUUUAUCCGUUUCUAAUGCGUAAAUUGCAAAUGCUUCAAACAUCCACAAUAUCACAACCGUUACUGCAACAACAGCAACAAGUGUUACCACCGGCUGGUCUCGACAACGAUAACAUUGGUGAAUUCGAUUCGGCACCCAUCUCCAUACAAGACUUUAUCGAUAGUGUGCAGGUCAAUGCGAAUUCCGCUUACACCACAAAUGACACAUUCUCAGCGGGACUCGGCGGCAACAGUAGCAGCCAAACGUAUAGUGCGAAUUUUGGUAAUCAGACGUUGAAUGGCACGUACCCCGACAUUUAUGACCAACUGGCCACAUAUAUACCCUGCGAACAAGUCUACAAUCCAGACGAUCACAAUACGAUAGUCGAGUUUUGGGUAUGUGGCAUCUGUCUGAAUAUAGUGGGUGUCCUUGGCAUCAUAGGUAAUGUUAUAUCUAUGAUUAUACUGUCCCGUCCUCAAAUGCGUUCUAGCAUCAAUUAUUUGCUCAUUGGUUUAGCAUGCUGUGAUACUGUUUUAAUUAUAACGUCUGUGCUGUUAUUUGGCAUACCGUCCAUUUAUCCCUACACCGGACAUUUGUUCCUCUACUACAAUUACAUUUAUCCAUUUAUAUCGCCGGUAGUCUUUCCUGUGGCCAUGAUAUCGCAGACGGCCAGCAUAUACAUGACGUUUACCGUAACGCUAGAACGUUACGUGGCCGUUUGUCAUCCGCUAAAAGCCAGAGCCCUGUGUACAUAUGGACGUGCCAAAAUCUAUGUGAUAGUCUCCAUCCUAUUUGCCCUACUCUAUAACAUGUCCCGAUUUUGGGAGGUGGUAACCAUCGACACUAGUAUUCCCAAUAGUACGGUGGUGUUGCACUGUGUGCGGCCGUCGGAGCUGAGGCAAAAUCAAACCUAUAUUACUGUGUAUAUAUUGUGGUGUUAUUUCAUAAUUAACUAUGUCAUACCGUUUCUGACGCUGGCCAUACUCAACUGCCAGAUUUAUCGGCAGGUGAAGAGGGCGAAUCGAGAACGCCAACGAUUGUCGCGUUCUGAAAAACUGGAAAUCGGUUUGGCGACCAUGUUGUUGUGUGUAGUGGUAGUUUUUUUCGUUUUCAACUUUCUGGCCCUGGUGCUAAACGUGUCCGAGGCAUUCUACAAUUUCAUUGAUCAUUCGCUGGCGAAAAUCUCCAAUCUAUUGGUGACCAUCAACAGUAGUUGUAACUUUCUGAUAUACGUGAUAUUCGGCGAGAAGUUUAAGCGAAUAUUCCUGUUGAUUUUUUUCAAACGCCGCCUGAGCCGCGACCAGCCCGAUCUUAUACACUACGAAAGCUCAAUAUCCAACAAUGGUGAUGGCACUUUGAAUCAUCGGUCUUCGGGACGUUUCUCGCGACACGGCACGCAACGUAGUACUACCACCACCUAUUUGGUAACGGCAUCGGGCAAUAGUACAUUGAACAAUGGUCGCCUAAUGAAAAGUGCCAGUUCGCCCGGUGUCCUCAAGAUCAAACGUGGUCGGGCACCAUCGCCCGGCCCAGUCGUCUACUAUCCGGCGCGGGAAGUUCAACGCACCUCCUCGCCCAUAAUGAUGAUGUCGAAUAACAAUACUCCCUUAGGUUGUGAUUGGAUUGAUACCAAAAAUGGUCAAAUGACCUCAGGCUUCUGAGAUACGGACGCGCUUUUCCAGCUCAGCACUGAGCAUUUCAAAUAUCAUGUAAAUUUCAACAUAAACUCUAAACAUUUAAUUAAUUAAUCAGCUGAAAAACUAAAAUUUUGUUUAAUUAUGUUAAACUUGUAGAUUUUAGAGUUGUAUUUAAUAUUUACCUACCAUCUACUUGAAUUGUUUAAACUGUUAAUUAUUUAAGAAACAACUGAAUAGCUUUAAUAAAUAUCAUAGAUAUAGAUUGAUACAUUACAGAACCACCCAAAGAUAAAAAUAAAUAAAUGUAAAAUAUUACUUGAUGAUGAAAGAAUAAAAAUUACAAAUUAUGUAAAUAGUAAAAUGUUAAAUAAAUUUCUGAUUAAUUUUGUGCCCUUUAGAAAGUAACAAAAUAUUUUUAUUUGUUUAAUGCACUUUGGUCCAGGCAAUUGUUAAUUAAUUGAUUUCUUUUCACACAAUACUGUUCAUUUAUGGCAUUCAUCCAGCUCAUAAAGGAAAAAUAAUUAAUAAAUUUAUUUAUUUAUUUAUAUUUUCUGUUGGUUUAAUUUAUUUUCGUGGGUGUUGUUUUAUUUGGUUUUUAAUAUGAUUAAAUUUUAACGGAAUCCAUUAAAAAUAAUUAAACAUUUUAUUAAUGACUGUCUGUCUGUAACGAUGGCAAAAUUGUUUUCAAUUUUUCGAAAUAUUGUAAUAAAAUUUAAUGCAUUAACAUUAUUUAACUAGUUAGUAUCAAUAAAAGACAAUGUAUAUACUAAAUUAACUGGAUAUUUUUUUAUCAACUAAAAUACUCUCGCAUCCGCCUUCGGUUAAACAGAUUCAAUUCUGAGAAAGACUAAGAGACAGACACAAAUUUGUUAUAUUUAAGUUUAAAGUUCAAAUAUAAUUUAUCAGGAUCAAUAAAUUAGUGCAAACAAUUUUCAUUGCAAUAUUUAAAUCCUACUCUGGAAAUAGCCUUUACAAUUACAAUUCAAAUUAAAUAAACAAAAACUAAAGAAAAUAAUUUAAUAAUUACUUGUUCCGAAUUAUUUGUGCAACUUAAUCCACAAUUCGUAUUUGGUAGCAUUUUAAAAUGUAUCAGAAAUUUUUGGCUGCAAGCCUUACGAUUCAGUUGCAAUUAAAUCCUUAAGAAAACACACAUUUAAAUUUUAUUGAUUGAAAAUCGUAUAAUAUAGUUUAAUUUAAUAUAAUCUAAAUGUACACAACUACUUUAUUUUAAUAAGUUUAUGUAUUUAUUUAUUUCUAAACAUUAUGUACAUAGUAUUCAUACUUACAUGGAUCAUACCAGUCAGAGAAAUAUUGAGAAUAACGAAAUUUAUAUAUGAUAUAUGAUUAUUAUUAUUAUACAAAUAUUAAAUAUUAUGCAAUGCUGUAUGUAUUUUCUAUUUAAAUUUAAAUAAUUUAUGAUUAUAAAAUAAUUAAUAAAUGAGAAAAAAAUGCAAAUUAAUACCUAAUAUAUACAUACAAUUUCAAAUGAAAUUUAUAAAA